AUGAACUUCGAUCUUUGUGUAGAUGAAUAUACUCAUGAUAUACCUGGUGUCAUGUAUGUAACUAAUAACAUACCUGGUCCAGGUAUAAAUGUGGAUGAUUUUGAAUCUGUAUUUACAUCAGGUUGUUCAUGUACACUUGAAUGCUCAAAGUGUACUUGCACUCGUGGUUCUGCUAAUUAUAUAAAUGAUUGUAUUGUCGAAGAAAAAUUAUCAGUACCAAUUUUAGAAUGUAAUCCUUAUUGUAUGUGCAAUCAGAAUUGUGGUAACAGAUUGGUACAACGUGGUCCAUUAAAUAGUCUUCAAGUAAUAAAUACUGCUAAAAAAGGUUUAGGUCUUAUAACAACGACAUUAAUAAGGAAAGGGCAAUUCAUUUGUGAAUAUGCUGGUGAAAUAAUAAGCAUAGAUGAAGCACGACGCAGGGUUGAAGCUAAUAAAAAUGAUAAUAGUAUGAAUUAUGUUCUUGUAGUCUCUGAACAUAUAGGAGAGAAGAUAAUUGUAACUUGUGUAGAUCCAAAGUAUUUUGGCAAUAUUGGAAGGUAUAGUAAUCAUAGCUGCCAGCCAAAUGCUAAUCUUGUACCUGUCAGAGUUGAAAGUGUUGCACCACGAUUAUGCUUAUUUGCAUCUCAAGAUAUAGAAAGUGGAGAAGAAAUUACUUUUAAUUAUGCCAGUGGAGUGAUUUCUGACCGUCAUUUAAGUGACACACCCUGUUAUUGUGGUUUCAGUAAUUGUUUAGGUUAUUUACCACAUAACCCUAUUUAA